AUGACGACUAUAUGCACUUCUUGCGGUGUACCGAUUCCAUCUUCGUUGAGUAUUUACAAAUGUCGUCAAUGUGUUAAUCAUUUUGUUUGUCAAUUGUGUGAGACAAAGAACCAUAAUCGAGCAAGUGCUACUUUUCAUACACUCGAUAAAAUACUUGUACCAAGUGUUCAACCAACAACUGCUGCUAGUAGUACAUCAUCGAAAUUCGCUUAUGAUCCACAACAAAGCCAAACAAAGACAUCUUCAAAGUCGUCAUCAAUAUUUAAUAGUGAAGCAUAUCUAUACAGCCUAUUAGGUUAUUGUUAUCAUUGUAACCGUGUAGUCGCUAUGGAUAAAGAGCCAAGUUUUCAAUGUCAACAAUGUCCAAAUGAUUUCGGCGUCUGUGCUCAAUGUAUGCCUUUGAUGACCACGCAUCAUCCUUCGAUGCAUACAUUUUCACAAAAGCCUUUCAGUCAUUGGACGAAGAUAGCGCAUGAUAUGUACCAUCUUGAUAUCAAAUGCGAUGGUUGUUCAAUGAAUGGAUUUAAUGGAAAACGUUAUCAAUGUCAACAAUGUCCACCGAGCUAUGAUCUCUGUGAAAAUUGUUUUGGAAAGAAACAUACACACCAUGAACUGAAAUAUAUACAAAAUCCUUUAUUACAUUCUGCUAAUCAACAAUCGCUAGGCCUAAGAACUUUGGCAUUAGCCAAGUCAAAUGGUAGGAACAAUACUAAUUGGCGUGAUCCAUUAACAGGUUGGACGAAAUCUGAUGCUGAACUAGUUAUUCAACAAGCAAAACGAGAGCAAGAAAAUUAUGAGAACCGAUUACAACAAAUACAGAAAAAGAAUGAAGAAAAUGCGCAAGAAGAAUAUCGACAUUCACGACAACAACUUGCUGAUGCAAAUCGACGUUUACAAGACACAAUUGAUGACGGCUGGCGUCAGUUGCACUGGAAUAUGAUACUUCAUUGACGAUGGUGCCUAAGUUAUGGCUAAAGUAUAGUACUUUCACGGCUAUAAUCAAGAAAAAGACAUUUUUUUCUUCUUUCUAUAAACUCUGCAUUGUAACCUUUUUAUUAAUUCACCGCUAAAUGCUUACGGAAGCAUCAUUUUACUAACCUUUUGUUUUUCUGCAAAAUUUUUAAGCUUCACAGAACAUGACAGUAAAAUUCCCAAAAAAGGUUGAUGAGAAGUUAACCAUCUUCGAUCGUAGUUAGUAAGUGACGUAUCAGACAGCUGUCCUCGUGGGUGUGGGUGUGGAUGAGUGUGGGUGUGGGUGGGUGUGGUGGGGUGUGGGUGGGUGUGGGUGUGGGUGUGGAUGUGGGUGUGGGUGUGGGGGGUGGGUGUGGGUGUGGGUAUGGGGUGUGGGUGUGGGUGUGGGUGUGAGUGUGGGUGUGGAUGUGGGUGUGAGUGUGGGUGUGGAUGUGGGUGGGGGUGUGGGUGUGGGUGGGGGGGGGGGUGGGGGGGGCAGGCGGGGGCUCGAUGGGCG